UAAGGAAAAAUAACACAAGUAGAAAAGUAUGUUACAAGAAUUCGACAGAAAUAUUAUAUAUUUUUUCAAGAAAACGUUGACAACCGAAGUCAGUUUUGCUAGCAACGUUAUUUAUUGCACUUGUACCUGUUUGUACAUCAACAUGGGCAGUUCUUGAAACAUCACUGUAGAGGACUUGAGGCUAUCCGUUGCAGAAACACAGACACACAAAAACGAAUAGGAAUUGCUUUGUCCAGUUGACUUUCUCGAGAAAACCCAUGUUGGCUGUCAACUUGUUUCAUGGGUCGUUGUUGCCGGACUAUUUAUAAUAAGAUUUCAGAGAUCUCCUCCUCCUCCAUGAAUGUCAAAGCUUCUUCAAAUUCUGGUCUCUGAACCCAAUUGAUGAAACAGUAGCAGUUUCAAAAUGACCGUAGGAAAUCAAGGCGUGAAAAGAAAGUCUUUUAUCCACAAGAUUUUCACCAUGAAGGAGAGAGAAGGAAGUGGCUCAUCUGAUUUCCCUGAACCACAGUCCAAUCCAGCAGUUGACAUUCAAUCUCUAAGUAGCACAGAGCCUCAGAUGCCUGCUGGUCAAUAUGUUCAGUCCUUUCGAGUGUUUGUAGCAACGUGGAAUGUAGGAGGGAAAUCUCCUCAUGAUGGCCUAAAUUUAGAUGAUUUUCUUCAGGUUAACAAUGAAUCGGACAUAUAUGUCUUGGGUUUUCAGGAAAUUGUCCCUUUAAAUGCUGGAAAUGUGCUAGUUCUAGAAGAUAAUGAACCUGCAGCAAAAUGGCUUACUUUAAUCAACCAAUCAUUGAACAAAUCACUAGACGGGUCUUCAAGAAGCAAGGCCAGUGGUUCACUUUUUUCCUCUAAGCCUUCCCUUAAAAAGGUCAGUAAGACUUUUAGGACAGAGAGUAAAAGGCGAUUGAAGAGUUGCAACUGCAUUUUUGAACUAGAAAGGAAACAUAGUAAGGAUUUUUGCUUUCGAUGCCAACAACCAAAUAUAAAUGAAGACGACCUUUCUUCUGAACCGGAUGAAGAUGGAUCAAACGUUUUUGAUAUAUCGGAAAUUUCUAUGGCAUCUACUAGCAACCAUUUGAAGUACAGCCUUAUAGCUAGUAAGCAAAUGGUGGGAAUUUUUGUUACCAUUUGGGCGAGGAAGGAGCAUAUACAAUAUGUUAGCCACUUAAGAAUCUCUUGCAUAAGUCGUGGAAUCAUGGGAUGCCUUGGAAACAAGGGUUGUAUUUCUGUGAGUUUUUUAUUCCAUCAGACAAGCUUUUGCUUUGUCUGCAGUCACUUGGCAUCUGGUGAGAAAGAGGGAGAUGAGCUGAGGAGAAAUUUGGAUGUGUUAGAGAUACUCAAGAGCACUCAGUUUCCUAAGAUUUGCAAAACAACUCAUAGCAGGAUGCCGGAUAAAAUUCUAGGACAUGAUAUGGUUAUAUGGUUAGGUGACUUGAAUUACCGCAUUGCUUUGAGCUACUCUGAAACCCGAAAGCUUUUGGAAAACAAUGACUGGGAUGCACUUCUUAACAAAGACCAGCUCAAGAUUGAAAGAGAAGCAGAGCGAGUAUUCAAAGGAUGGAAAGAGGGAAAAAUCUACUUUGCACCUACUUACAAAUAUUUUUAUAACUCAGACACUUAUUUUGGAGAGAUAAAAACAUCCAAAAAGAAAAGAAGAACCCCAGCUUGGUGUGAUCGAAUACUAUGGCAUGGAAGUGGGAUUAAACAACUUUCUUACAUACGUGGAGAGUCCCGAUUUUCUGACCACCGGCCAGUUUGUGGAACAUUUGUUGUGGAUGUUGUUGUCAAUCAGAAUGAAUUGAAGAAAGGAUCACCUAGCUCUAAUAUGAAGAUUGAAAUUGAAGAGCUUUUACCAACUGCUAGAUACUUGAAAGACAUGUACUAAAAUGCUAACCAUAGCCGCUGAAGGGUUGACAAAAUACCCAGUUUUGCUGAUUAGAUGAGAUGAAGUAGGUUUCAUGAUGCAGAGGUCUUUGCAUUAUUAAGGUGUAAAUAGUUCUCCAACAAGUGAUACGUUCGGUCCGAAGUGGUCACACAUUCCAACUUUUCCGGCACACAUUAUGAAUUCCGUCCUCUUAGUGAACAUGCUCGGCUUUGGAUUUGUUCUGAUUUCCUAACAAGUUGAUUCUAAGAGAUGCAUAGGUGACAGAUUAUUGUGUGAAUUGGUGUCUUUGUUCUUAUAAUUUAUCAAAGAGUGUAUUUGUUGUAGACAUUCCAGUUCUCUUGGCCUGAAUUCGGUCAAAAAGAAUUCAUGAUAUAAAAUGCUUGAUUCACAAGCCACCUGAUAUUUUAUUCUUCAAACAGCAUCUCAAUGUGUUUAAACUGCAUCAAACAUUUUAGGUCG